AUGUUCUCUAAAUUUUCACUCCCAAUCUACCUCUUCAUCUCUGUACCUUUCUCAGCGGCACAAACUAUAACGACCCGUACAACCACAGCCUCCCUCCCUCCAAACGUCCAAACCCUCUGGGGUGUCUGCGGCGGUGACGGCGCCCCAACGGUCCCAUGGACCAGAACAAUCUGUGAAUCCGGCGCUUGGUGUUCCAGAGGCAACACCUAUCUCCACCAAUGUCUUCCAGUGUCUAUGUCGCCAACGGCCACGAGUACAAAACCUCCUACCACGGUUAUUGUUACUACUACACCUUUGAUUACGACUACUACUUGGCCUUUACAGACGAAGUAUGGAAAGUGUGGCGGAGUUGCGCACGUGGGACCGACGAGUUGUCAACCGCCUGCUACUUGUUCGGUUUUGAAUCCAUAUUAUUGGCAGUGUUUGUAA